CCAAUGUCAUUUGACUCGUUUCCCCUCUUUUUCUAUUCACUGACACUAACCAAGUCUCUCACUUCCUCUCUGUAUAUAUGCCCUCUCUAGCCAAAACCUCUUUCACCACAACCCCAAGAGAAUAAGCCUUUAUCUCUUUCACAGAUAUACACAGAAAGCCAAAAAUGGUUUCCUCAACAUCCCUUGUAAUCUCUCCAAGAAAGUUCAGAUCAGAUUUGUACUCCUAUCCAUACCAAGCAGAUUCAAACACCCCCUUGGUGGUUAAUGUUCUUGCUUCUCUUAUUGAGAGAAACAUGGCCAGGAACCAAAGGAUUUCAAAGAACUGCAGCCCUUGGUACUUGUCCAAAGACAUGAAGAAGACUCGGAUUUUCGAGUGCCACGAGACUCCGGACAUGACGAUUCAGUCCUAUUUGGAGAGAAUUUUCAGGUACACAAGAGCCGGGCCGUCUGUUUAUGUGGUCGCUUAUGUAUAUAUCGAUCGGUUUUGCCAGAACAAUCCUGGUUUUCGAAUCAAUGUCACAAAUGUGCACAGGUUACUCAUCACAACUAUAAUGGUGGCUUCGAAAUAUGUAGAAGACAUGAAUUACAGAAAUUCUUACUUUGCAAGAGUCGGGGGAUUAACAACAAACGAGCUGAACAAGUUGGAGCUUGAGUUUUUGUUCUUGAUGGGAUUCAAGUUACAUGUGAAUGUGAGUGUGUUUGAGAGCUACUGUUGUCAUUUAGAAAGAGAAGUCAGUAUUGGAGGAGGCUACCAAAUUGAGAGCACAUUGAGAUGUGCAGAAGAAAUCAAAACAAGGCAAGAUGAAGAUAGAAGAUAUAACCAGUGUGCUGCAGGUGUUUUGUUGUAGAUCAAAUCAUGUCCUUUUCUCUCUUUUUUUAUUUAUUUUUUGGUUGGAUUUUAGCCUAGUAAUUUAAUUGUACAGGUCGAUGUAAAUUUGUGUAAAUGUAUAAAGUUGUUGCA